AUGCCCGUCCGGAGAGGCCACGUGGCCCCCCAGAACACUUACCUGGACACCAUCAUCCGGAAGUUCGAGGGGCAGAAUCGCAAGUUCCUCAUUGCCAAUGCACAGAUGGAGAACUGUGCCAUCAUUUACUGCAACGACGGCUUCUGCGAGAUGUUCGGAUAUUCCCGGGUGGAGGUGAUGCAGCGGCCCUGCACCUGCGACUUCCUCACUGGGCCCGACACGACACACAACUCCAUCGCACAGCUGGCGCAAGCGCUGCUGGGAACAGAAGAGUGCAAGUUGGAGAUUCUGUACUACAGGAAAGACUCAUCGUGUAUCCGGUGUCUGGUGGACGUCGUCCCAGUGAAAAACGAGGACGGUGCUGUCAUCAUGUUCAUCUUGAACUUUGAGGAUCUGGCCGCUCUGAUUGCCAGAAGUACCCGACAGAGCCUGCACCACCGUCUGUCCCAAGGAUGGCGAACAGAAGCUUCCCAGCUGAAGCCCAGCCAGAAUUCCACAUCAGACUCCGAUCUGAUGAAGUACAGGACCAUCAGCCAGAUCCCACAGUUCACCCUCAACUUUGUGGAGUUCAACCUGGAAAAACAUCGCUCCGGCUCUACCACGGAGAUCGAGAUCAUCGCACCACACAAGGUGACGGAGCGUACCCAGAAUGUCACAGAAAAGGUCACUCAGGUCCUGUCACUGGGUGCUGACGUCCUCCCUGAAUACAAGCUGCAGGCACCACGCAUCCACCGAUGGACCAUUUUACACUACAGUCCCUUCAAGGCAGUUUGGGACUGGUUGAUCUUGCUGCUGGUCAUCUACACGGCUGUCUUCACACCAUACUCAGCUGCCUUCCUGCUCAAUGAAGAACGGGAGGAAAUGCACUUGGACUGCAGUUACUCAUGCGAUCCACUCAACAUCAUUGACCUCAUUGUAGACAUCAUGUUCAUUGUUGACAUCAUCAUCAACUUCCGCACUACCUACGUCAAUAUCAACGAUGAGGUAGUAAGCCACCCAGCCAAGAUCGCCAUCCACUACUUCAAGGGCUGGUUUCUCAUCGACAUGGUGGCUGCCAUCCCGUUUGACUUGCUCAUCUUCCACACUGGAUCAGAUGAGACGACAACGUUGAUAGGGCUGCUGAAGACGGCUCGGCUGUUGCGCUUGGUUAGGGUGGCCCGUAAACUGGACCGCUACUCUGAAUACGGGGCCGCAGUGCUCUUCUUGCUCAUGUGCACUUUCGCCCUCAUUGCCCACUGGUUGGCCUGCAUCUGGUAUGCCAUUGGCAACGUGGAGCGGCCGUAUAUGGAGCACAAGAUCGGAUGGCUGGACAACCUGGGCGACCAGAUUGGCAAGCGCUACAACGACAGUGACGUCUCCUCCGGCCCGUCCAUCAAGGACAAGUACGUGACGGCCCUCUACUUCACCUUCAGCAGCCUCACCAGUGUGGGCUUUGGCAACGUUUCGCCCAACACCAACUCUGAGAAGAUCUUCUCCAUCUGUGUCAUGCUGAUUGGCUCUCUGAUGUACGCCAGCAUCUUUGGCAACGUCUCGGCCAUCAUCCAGCGCCUCUACUCGGGCACGGCCCGCUACCACACCCAGAUGCUCAGGGUGAAGGAAUUCAUCCGCUUCCACCAGAUCCCCAACCCGCUCCGCCAGCGCCUCGAGGAGUAUUUCCAGCACGCCUGGUCCUACACGAAUGGGAUCGACAUGAAUGCGGUGCUGAAAGGCUUCCCGGACUGCCUGCAGGCGGACAUCUGCCUCCACCUCAACCGCACCCUCCUCCAGAACUGCAAGGCCUUCCGAGGAGCCAGCAAGGGCUGCCUGCGGGCCUUGGCCAUGAAGUUCAAGACCACUCACGCGCCUCCCGGCGACACCCUCGUGCACUACGGAGACGUCCUCACCACCCUCUACUUCAUCUCACGGGGCUCCAUCGAGAUCCUCAGGGAGGAUAUUGUCGUGGCCAUCCUAGGGAAAAAUGACAUCUUUGGAGAGCCCAUCAGCCUCUAUGCCAGGCCUGGCAAAUCCAAUGCGGAUGUGCGAGCCCUCACCUAUUGCGAUCUGCACAAGAUCCAGCGGGAGGACCUCCUGGAAGUCUUGGAUAUGUACCCAGCCUUCUCCGACAACUUCUGGAGCAACCUGGAGAUCACCUUCAACCUGAGAGAUGCAGACAGCGUUCCACGCUCCCCACUCAGCGAGGAGUACACCUGCAACUACCGCCGGGCACGCCGUCGCAAGCGCUCCCCUUGCAAGGGGAACAAAAUUGACCCAGACGGCUUGGAGGCGGGCCUCUCAGACCUGGAGCAGUACCACGCUUACUCAGAGCUCCUGCAGCUGCAGGAUGCCCGUGGCAGGAACCACUGGGACGACAUGUGCAGCACCACCACGCCCUGCUCCCAAACAAGCGAGGAGGAGACCAGAGUGCUCUGCCCGCCAAAGGCCGAGUCCUUCGGCACGAGUGAGAAAGCCAACUAUGCCUCAGCGGUGGUAAACCUGGUGCCCGGUGGCGGCACGGAGGGUGGCCAGCUGGUGACUGACGACGGCCAGUCUUAUGCAGCUCAAACACCGUUGGAUGUCUCCAAUCUGUUCACUUUCUGGGAAGACAAGAGGCCUCAGCACUUCCCGGAACCUCUCCGGCACAUGUCUCUGGUCCACAGCCCACUGGACGUCUGCUCAAGCCCCGAUGACCGGCGGCCGCAGCAGGUGGAAUCCAAACUGGAGUGCUUGCAGGCCCAGCUCAGCAGGGUGGAGUCCAGGAUGGCUUCUGACAUAAACCUCAUCCUGCAACUCCUGCAGCGACAACUGUCCCAAGUGCCCCCGGCGUACAGCCCCAUCUUUCCCUCCUCCAACUUGUCGCUGUACAGCAUCAGCCUGAGGGGCAUGGAGCCCGCCCCACCCCUGGAAGAAGAGGCGCUGACUCCCACUGAGCAGACUCCAAGCGAUGCAGAUACUGAAAAAGCCCAGCUGAAAUCCAGGGACUCCUUGUCAAGUGGUGUACACCUGACUUUGGCUUCCGAUGAGACUAUGACCAUCAACUCAGAACAGGAGCAUUAUUCACAGACCCUGCCAGCCCUAGACCCCGAUCAGAGGGCGGAAGGCAGCCGGGGACUGUCCCAAGGAUCUCGUUUCCCUUCGCUCCCUGAGCAUCUUGAGGCUCCUUCUGAGCACUUGGACAUGCAGAGAUACCUCUCUGACCCAUCGCUUCCAGGGAGUUAG